AUGGCCGCGCCAGUCCCAAUCCCCGUCCCCGCCUUCGCCGAAGCCCAGAUCCAGCUCCUCCUUCGCGAACACGAGGCCGAUGUCGCUUCCUCCGCCCUCGCAAACACAGCGGCAUCUGUGUCGCCAGCUACACGCCGAGCUCUACAAGCUACGGGUCACGCCUUGACGGGCCUCCGCCUCUCGCAGUGCCGCACUGGCCUCGGAGGACGUGUCGUCGGCGAGUUCGUUGCUGACCCCGCGGUCUCGUCGGGCAAGUCCCAAGAUGAGAACUCAGAGCGUAGCUCAGAUGGGCUGGGAUCGCAUGGGAUUCGGGUUGGCGAUGUUGUUCGCGUGAGCGAUGUUUCUGCAGGGUCGGGGAAGAAGGCCGGUGGAAAAGAUAAAGGCAAGGAUGGAAAAGACCAGAAAGAGAAGGGCGGCCCUGAAGGUGUCGUCGUGCGCGUCAGUGAGAAGUCUAUCCGCAUUGCCUUUGGGCAACAAGGGAAAGGUGGUGGGCCCUCGAAGGAGGAGGAUGAAGCUAUUGAGGAAUUAUGGGAGAAAAAGCUUUGGGCGUAUUAUGAAAUUAGCCAACGAUGUGACGCACAGACGAAUGAAGCAAACCAUGGAGAAAAUGGCAAAAUUCCCCCAGAUUCGCUUUCGCAUUUUAUGCGGGUUGCCUUUGGUCAUACAACACCUCUAUCACCAGACUACGAGGCCGCGGGUCCCAUUGAAUUCGGAGAUCCCACAUUGAACGACUCCCAAAAAGAGGCCAUCCGUUACGCUUUAGCCACCAAAGACAUCGCCCUGAUUCACGGUCCACCAGGGACGGGAAAGACACAUACCUUGAUCGAGCUUAUCAUGCAGCUAGUCCAGCGCAAGAAGCGGAUCCUAGUCUGUGGGCCCUCCAAUGUCUCGGUUGAUAAUAUUGUGGAGCGACUGGCUCGAAAAAAGAUCCCAGUUGUACGAAUCGGCCAUCCAGCCCGACUCCUACCGUCCGUCUUGGACCACUCCCUCGAAGUUUUGACCCAUACAUCAGACCCUGGGCUCAUCGUCAAAGAUAUCCGUAAGGAAAUCGACGAAAAGCAGGCCAGCAUCCGGAAAACACGCACAGGACGGGAAAGACGGGCGAUCUACGACGACUUGAAACAACUCCGCAAGGAAUUCCGUGAUCGGGAGGCGAGAUGUGUGAACGAGCUAGUGGGGGGCAGCAGUGUCGUUCUGGCAACCCUGCACGGCGCAGGCGGGAGCCAGGUCACGAACCAAAAAUUCGACAUCGUGAUCAUCGACGAAGCGAGUCAAGCGCUCGAAGCCCAGUGUUGGAUCCCGCUGAUGUCUGCUGAAAAAGUAGUCCUCGCCGGUGAUCACCUCCAACUACCCCCAACUGUGAAAUCCGCCAACCUUAAAUCAAAGGAUAAGGUUGGAAAGGGAAAUACCGAGAAGAAAUAUGAAACCUCCGCUGAAGCCAAAGAGAUCCUGAAGAGUGCUUCGCUCGAACGAACCCUGUUCGAUCGGCUCUUGUCACUGCACGGCCCAGGGAUUAAACGGAUGUUGACUACUCAAUAUCGUAUGCACGAGAAGAUCAUGCGUUUCCCGUCGGACGAGCUCUACGAGUCGAAACUGAUAGCGGCCGACUCGGUCAAAGCCCGAGUCCUGAGCGAUCUAGGCGAUGAAGUCGAGUCCACGGACAAUACAAUAGAGCCUUUGGUCUUUAUAGACACGCAAGGUGGGGACUUUCCCGAAAGGGCAGAAGAUACAGAAGUCGACCAGAAGGCUGUGGGCAUGGAGAGUCGAAGCAACGAGAUGGAGGCGAUGGUGGUUGCACGACAUGUUGACGAACUAGUCGAUGCCGGGGUCAAAACCGAGGACAUUGCUGUGGUUACGCCUUACAAUGGUCAAAAAGCCAUUCUUUCCAAGAUGCUUAGAGAGAAAUACCCCGAUCUGGAAAUUGGGAGUAUUGACGGGUUCCAAGGUCGAGAGAAGGAGGCCGUGGUGGUUAGUCUCGUCCGCAGCAACGAAAAGCAUGAAGUGGGAUUCCUUGGCGAGAAACGCCGACUCAAUGUGGCCAUGACCCGGCCCAAGCGGCAUCUUUGUGUGGUUGGCGAUUCCGACACCAUCAACCGGGGUAGCAGCUUUCUCAAACACUGGAUGGACUAUCUGGAGGAGAAUGCCGAUCUACGCUUUCCCGACGCGGGCGACUUGCUGUAG